AAAAUAUCCUCUCAAUCUCAGAAUAAAAAAACGAGGUGGAAUUAUCUACACGAGUUUUGUAUAUAUGUUUUUUUCUCUGCCUUAAAAAAUCAAUUGCAUUUUAUCUACAAGAUCCAACAACUCCAAUAUGAGCAUCUUCUAUCAUGAAGAGUCACCAAUUCCAUCCAAGCGAUGCAAAUUUCUUGCAGCAUGUUUGAAGGAUGUAUUUUCCAACUGCCACACCUUUGGAAAUCGGGUUUCUACUUCAAUCCCUGACGAGGACCUUCCACCUAGUGACUUCGAUGAUGAACAGGAAGUGGUUGUUUCAGCAAUUAGAAGCCGUGCAAUGGAGAAGUUAAGAAAGAAGCCAAACAAUUUGACGGACAGCUUUUCGUGGAUUUACUCUCCGAUAACAAGAGAAUUGUACAUAACCCCAAAAGGAGUUGAGCAAAAAGAAGAUGAUGGAGGAGAAGAGUUCGUGUCUGUUAAAAGCUGCUUCUCUUGCUCAUGUUGUUCAAGUGCUGCAAGCAGGGAUGCAUUUCUUUCUGUUAAGACAAGCUUUUCUCGUACUCCAAGCCUCAAUGGGCUUGAGUUUAUAGAUUUCCAGAGGCGUUCGAUAAUUCAAGAGUUGUGCCAUUGCGAAGGUUGGCCUUUUGGUCUCUGCCGUAAGGCUGUGUUGCUUCCUCCUCUGCCCAAGUCCCCUUCUGAAUCCUGGUCAUGGAGUAAAAGCACUAAAAUUAUUAGGAUUUAAUGUUUAAAUGUUCUUUUCUAUCUUUUAAAAUUUCCCCUCUUUUAGUAAUGAAUGCAAAACUAAACUGAAUAAGAACUGCAAUUAGUAGUGUUGUGUUCUUUCCUUAAUAGCAAAUAAAGAAGUGCAAUUAGACUUCUUUCCUCCCCUUUAUAGCAAAUUGUAAAAAGAGGAGCUAGAUUAAAAUGGAAUCCGGGUAAUUCUUUUCUUUUUUCUAGAGUAA